AUGACGCUGGACAGAUCGCCUCCGAGAGAUCAUACAGCAGGAGCCAGCACGUCCACCGGGCACCCUGGCAGCGACCACGCAUCCCAAACAAACACCUCCAAUAGCGGAAUCUCUGUAGUAUCAUCCCGCCACAUCGAGCUGCCGCCAUUUUAUCAAGCCGAUCCACGCUUGUGGUUCGCGCAGGUAGACCUCGUGUUCGCUAACUUUAGUAUAACGUCCGACACGACAAAGUUCAGGUACGUCGCUACACAUCUCUCAGGCGAAGCCUUACGUAGCGUAUCAGACCUUGUUAUAAAUCCACCCACUGAGAAUAAAUAUGAGAGUAUUAAGCGCCGCAUCAUAUCCGCUUAUGACGAGGGAGACGAAAGCCGCCUCCGACGCCUACUCCGUGGCCACGAGAUGCGAGACGAGAAACCUACAGCUUACCUACACCGCCUACGAGCCCUCGCAGGAAACCAGUGCGGAGACGCCGUCAUCCGCUCACUAUUUUUUAAGCAGCUACCGGAAACCACGCGAGCAAUCCUUGCAAUCUCCGACACGUCAGAUCUGCAGCGUUUAGCAGAGAUGGCCGACAAAGCACUCGAUGUAGUGAAACCCACCGUCGCAGCAACCCAAAUUUUGCCUGCGCAAAAUUCAAGCACGCAAGCCGACCCAGGUACGCAAUCCACUUUAGAAGAAUCGCUUAACGCACUUACCUUGCAGGUCGCUAGAAUACAGAAACAAUUAGACCGCGACCGACGAUUCCGUCGCUCCCGAAGCAGGGAAAGAGAAAAUCGACCGAGAGUAUUGACGCCUCCACCCACACGCACGAGCAAGUCCGAGCUAUGCUAUUACCACAACAGGUUCGGCGCUAGCGCAAGAAAAUGCCAAAACCCUUGCGCAUGGAUCCAAGGAGCUAAGCCACAGGGAAACUAA